UGGACCCGUUGCUCCACGCCUUGAGUUAUUUCAGGCGGAGGAAAUUCCAACUCUGUUCCGAUCUGUGUUCCCAGUUGCUGGAAAAGGAGCCUGGCGAUCAGAUCUUUUUGCUUUUCGGCGCGAGCGUUUUGUAAAAUCGUGUGAUGGUGCCUUUCCUGCAUAUCACAUUCUGUGUGGCGAAUUAGUUGGAAAAAGAUCAUAAUCCAGGGUUUCUUAACUCCAGCAGGGCUCAUAACUGGAACCCCUACCUCACAAACCGUCAAUGCAUAAUGGAAGAAAAAUUCUAGUUUAUUUAAUUAAAAUAUAUAUUUAUAGCUUAUUAUUAGAUAAUUUUGAGAUAGGUUACAAUCCAAUUAAGAGCUGACAUGAUUUCAAGUACAGGUGGUUCUCCUUUAACAACCACUCAUUCAGCCACCAUUUAAACUUGUGAUGGCACAGAAUAAGUGGUACUUGAUGCCAAUCCUUACAAUUUCAGCUAUUGCAACAUCCUGAGGUCACAUGGUUGCAAUUUGCACCUUUUUUGUGGCUUCCUACAAGCAACCAGGCAGCAGCAGGAGGUUGCAAAUGGUGAUCAUGUGAUGUCCUCACUUAACAAUGAUGCAGGGUUUAACAUGCCAGAUGUGCUGGCAUGUUCAUGUGAUGUGCUUUAUGACUCACUUAGCGACAGGAAUGUUGGUCCCAAAUACCAUCAUUAACUGAUGCUUAAUGGAAUUAAUAGAAUGUGUGGAUGGCUUUGGGGGACAAGGGAUAAAAAUGCAGCCUAUCUGAUAAGAGAGGGGGGAGCCUGCAAUCAAUGGUCAGACAAAAACUUAGGGACCCCCCCCCCCCCCCAUUGAUCAGACUCUUAAAAGUGUCAGCAGGAAGUUUGUACCUUUAGAGUUGCAAAACUGAUGUAAGCCAUCCCAAGUAAACCAGAUAGGACACACAAUUUAGAUGAGCUAAAUUUACUUUAUUAUGAAGCUAAAUUAACAGAACCUUGCAUGUCUGAAGUUACAAACAUACCAUAGUUUCAUGGCCUAGAAACCAGGAGCCUGUGAGUUCUAGUUCUGUGUUAGGCAUGAAAGCUAGCUGGGUGACUUUGGGUCAGUCACUCUCUCAGCCCAACCCACCUCACAAGGUUGCUGUGGGAAAAAUAGGAAGAAGUAUUAGUAUGUUUGCCACCUUGAGUUAUUUGUAAAGUAAUAAAGGUGGGAUGAAAAUCUAAUAAAUAAAGAUAGCAUGUAAGGCAGAUGCAAAGUCUUGCCCCACCUAUUGUAUCACAAGAAGUUUGUUUGGUCCAGAGGCCUUUAUUAAGACUGUCAGAUCUAAGCUGCAAAAAUCCAGAUGAUCAUAGAUAGGAGCAGAACAUUACAGAAAACUCUUAUCUGGCCUCUAUGCAAUGGUGAUAAACUGGUUUAUUUAAUCAUAGUUUUAAUAACUCUAGUAGUCUGAUAAAAACAAUGUUUUUAAAAAUAUACAAAUUGCAGUUGCUUUAUACUAUCUGUUUUAUACUAUUUAUACUAUCUGUGUCAAAACCAAACCAACCAUAUUGUACCUGAGCUUGAUGUGUAAAAUCUGCAAAUAUGUAACUAUCUCUCAUGAUUUAAUUAAAACUAAAAUGUUAUAUGGGAUAACAUCUUCAACUACUUGCGCAUCUAUAGCAAACAUUGAUAAAGCCAAAGUAAGAACAUGUUUAUGAUUAAAUUGUCAUUUUCCACCUAGAGACGCUCAUACGUUUGCUUAACUGAAAUGCAGAACAUAUUAAAAAGAGCCCAAGGCCAACAGCAUAACCAGGUCUUGAUGGCCUUUCAAAAAAAUCAAAAGGGACGUGGCCAAUCUAAUUUCAGGAGUAAGGAUGUUCCAUAAGGCUGCUUGGUGUUUAAAAAUGCGAGCGUUAACUGAAAUGGUUUAUGUGGAUGAAAUUGAAGUGGAUCAGGAAGGCAUAGCUGAAAUGAUGCUCGAUGAAAAUGCAAUUGCACAAGUUGCACGACCUGGUACUUCACUUAAAAUACCUGGAACUGGUCAUGGUGCUGGGCCUAGCAAGGCUAUCAGGCCAGUGACACAAACAGGGCGACCCCUGACGGGUUUUGUACGACCUAGCACACAGGCUGGGAGACCAGGUAGCAUUGAACAAGCCUUAAAGACUCCAAGAACUGCUCACACUGCCCGUCCAAUGACUAGUGCUUCAGGGAGAUAUGUCAGGCUUGGAACAGCCUCCAUGCUCACUAAUCCUGAUGGCCCUUUCAUAAAUAUAUCUAAACUGAAUUUAAAUAAUUAUGCUCAAAAACCAAAGUUGGCAAAGGCUUUGUUUGAAUACAUUUUUCAUCAUGAGGGUGAUGUUAAGAAUGCUUUAGAUUUGGCAGCAUAUGCCACACAGUAUGCCCAAUUCAAGGACUGGUGGUGGAAAGUGCAAAUUGGGAAGUGUUAUUACAGGCUAGGAUUAUACCGUGAAGCAGAAACACAGUUUAAGUCAGCUCUCAGACAACAAGAUAUGGUAGAUACAGUACUGUACUUGGCAAAAGUAUAUUCCCGCUUGGAUCAGCCUUUGACAGCUUUGAAUGUUUUCAAACAAGGUUUAGAACGAUUUCCUGGAGAAGUUUCCCUCCUUUGCGGUAUGGCCAGGAUUCAUGAGGAAAUGAACAACAUUUCUACGGCUGCAGAAUUCUAUAAAGAUGUCUUAAAACAAGAUAAUACCCACGUGGAAGCCAUUUCAUGCAUUGCAAGUAAUCAUUUUUACUCUGACCAGCCAGAGAUAGCUUUACGUUUUUAUAGGCGACUCCUGCAGAUGGGCAUUUAUAAUAGCCAACUCUUUAACAAUCUAGGCCUCUGCUGUUUCUAUGCCCAGCAAUAUGACAUGGUUCUCAGUUCAUUUGAACGUGCACUAUCUCUAGCAGAAAGCGAGGAACAAGCUGCAGAUGUGUGGUACAACUUGGGACAUGUAGCUGUGGGAAUCGGUGAUAGAAAUUUGGCUCAUCAAUGUUUCAAAUUGACUUUGGCUAACAACAAUGACCAUGCAGAAUCCUAUAAUAACUUGGCUGUGUUGGAAAUGCAAAAAGGUCACAUUGAGCAGGCAAGAGUGUUUCUGCAGACGGCUUCAUCAAUAGCACCUCAUAUGUAUGAGCCACAUUUCAAUUUUGCUGUCUUGUCUGAAAAGGUUGGAGAUCUCCAAAGAAGCUAUAUAGAAGCUCAGAAGUCCAAAGAAAUUUUUCCAGAGCAUGUGGACUCUCAGCAACUUAUUAAUCAGUUAAAACAGCACUUUGCCAGACUUUGAUGUACUGCCAACCAAAGAAAAUAAUCAUUUUUCUUCAAAAUUGCAGACUUAAACAAAAUUACAAAGAAUUCUCAGAAUAUUUUUACAUUUAUAUGCUUAUUUAUAUUAAAUUUUAUUUAAACUGGGUGCAAGCUGAAGAUUGUUACUCUCUCAGAUGGUUAAAAGCUGCUUUAGUAGAAUCUUAUCUUUUUUUUAAAAAAAAAACCCUGACUAGUAGCAGCAUUCAUUUUAGGUAUGUUAAGUGAAGCAAGGCAAAUUUUAGUUUACCUCAUAAUGAAUAAUGGAAAUAUUUCCAUACAGGAAACUGCUUAAAAAUGUACCCUUGUUGUUUAAUUCCCUUUUCAAGGAAGCUUGAAUUUACUGCUUACUUGUAGUGGUUUUAUCUUGUUACAGUAAGCGAAAAUGAAAAAUUGUUUAACUUUUUGUCGCACCAGAGCAGGUUUAGACUGUAACUUUUAUUUAGGAAGAUCACAGCUUAAUUAUGUGAAAACGGACGUUGUCUUACCUGAAUGUCCCUUUUCUGGGCGCUGCGACUACAAUCCAUGGAUGGGUUCUUUCCUCAUGUGUUGACAGACUGAGUGUAAAUUCUUUUUUUUCUUCUUUCUUCGCUUGACCAUGCCUCCUUUGCUCCCAACCCUUCAGUCUUUUGCCACAAAGGCACAGUCAAUCAAUAGUCUAUAACCAAAAAGGUGGAAAAAAACAGAAACCAAGGCCACCCUGGAAACCCGGAGCAGGAAGCCGAAAGGGAGGGUAUGGAUUGUAGUCACAGCGCCCAGAAAAGGGACGUUCAGGUAAGACAACGUCCGUUUUCCAGUGCGCUGCUCCUACUAUCCAUGGAUGGGAUAUACCCAAGCUCAAGACUCCUGGGCGGGAGGCUGACUGCUCCCGGGGUCCGUGGCAGAAUGCACACUUUGUAAUACCUCCGACCAAACAACACCUCAGCCGAGGCAUAGCUGUCAAUUUUGUAGUGACGUAUAAAAGGAGAAAUGGAUGACCAAGUGGCCGCCCGACAAAUGUCAGUGACGGAAGCCUGGGUAGCCCAAGCUGCCGUAGUAGCUGCGCUACGGGUGGAAUGGGGCAAAAUCCUGCCAGGAAGAGGCCUGGCCUUGAGUUCAUACGCCGUCGAGAUGCAAGCCUUUAUCCACCUGCCCACUGUGGAAGAGGAGACCUUUCUACCCAUAGAGGAUGGAUGAAAGGACACCAAGAGAGCCUCGGUCCGGAGAAAGGAAGCUGUCCGCCUAAUGUACCGGCUGAGGGCCCGCUGCACAUCUAAGGUGUGCCAACGUUCCUCCAACUGAUGUUGCGGCGCCGGGCAGAAGUCAGGUAAGAUGAGCUCCUGGGCCCAGUGAAACCAGGAGUUCACCUUGGGCAAGAAUGAAGGAUCCAACCUUAGAACCACUCUGUUGGAAUGAAAUAUACAGAGGUCCUUCCGGAUGGACAAGGCUAUCAACUCCAAAGUCCUCCUGGCGGAUGUAAUUGCCAAGAGAAAGGCGACCUUGAAGGACAGAAAUUUGAGGCUAAUGGAGCCCAAUGGCUCAAAUGGGGCAGACGUUAGAGCUUGGAGAACCAAGGGUAGGUCCCACAAAGGGUAGCAAUGCACUACCGGCGGGCGGAGAUUUGUGGCCCCGUGCAGAAAUCCCCGAAUCCUCGGAUGGUGAAAGAGCGACUGGUAUGGUACACAGGUAAGAACAAAGCCACUACCUGCCGACGCAAGGUAGUUGGAGCAAGUCCUUUAUCCAAGCCGGCCUGCAGGAAGUCAAGAAUCUCCGGUAUUGAGGCGGAUGUCAGGUCGACGUGCUGUUUCGAACACCAGGUACAGAAGGUCUUCCACGAAGCCUCGUAGAUAUGGGCCAUCGAUGGCCGCCUGGAAGCCUGGAUCACCUUUUCCAAAAGACGGUCCUUCCUCAGCAGGACCCUCUCAAGUGCCAGACGGUCAACUGGAGCCACUGAGACUCUGGGUGGAGGAUGACCCCCUGGCAGAGAGAGACCUAUUGGCGAGGAAUUAUGCAGGGCUGAGACACGGAGAAGGCCACCAGGUUGGCGAACCAUGGCCGGCGCAGCCAAUGAGGAGCCACCAAAAGCAGUUCCGCUCGCUCAGCCCGCAGCUUCUGAACGACUAGAGGGAUGGGAGGGAAUGCAUAAAGUAGGCCGGGUGGCCAACAGCAGCGAAGCGCGUUGCAACCCUCUGCCGCCGGGCUCAGAAACCAUGAAUAAAACCUUGGGAGCUGAGCGUUUUGCGGACUAGCUAACAGGUCCACCACGGGGCGGCCAAACCACUGCGACAGCUCCAGAAAGAGACGGGGAUGAAGCUGCCAUUCUGCCGGAUAGAUCCUCUCCCUGCUCAGCCAAUCCACCCGGACGUUGGAGAUGCCGGAUAUGUGAUCUGCCUUGAUUGACAGUAUGUGACGUUCUGCCCAGCUCAUCAGUCUCCACUUGGAGCAUCAGGGGCUUGGAUCGAGUGCCCCCCCUCCCAAUUGAUAUAUGCUUUCGUGGAUAUGUUUUCCGUGAGAAUCAGCACAUGUUGCUCCUCCAGUAUGGCCCAAAAAUGGCGAAGGGCCAGGCGAACAGCCCGCAACUCCAGCCAAUUUAUGCUGUUCACCCGCUCCGCUGGGGACCAUUGUCCCUGAGCCACCUGAUCGAGAAGGUGAGCACCCCAGCUGUAGAGGCUCGCAUUUGAGGUCAGCACUAGACGGUCUGGUUCUAGAAAGGUGCAGCCCUUCAGGAGAGCCGCCGAUGUCCACCAUCUGAGGGACAGACGCACUUGAGGCAAGAUGACCUUGCAUGUGGAAUUGCUGUGUCCCGUCCUCUGGAAUGGCAGCAGAAACCACUGCAAGGGGCGAGUGUGUCUGUGAGCCCAGGGAAUGAUGGUGAUACAUGAGAGCAUCUUCCCUAGCAGCUGGGACAGAUAAGGGAACGGACCUCUGGGACACCACCUGCCUCAUCAAGUCUGUGAUGCUGAGAAUUCGGUCAGGGGAUAAGAACACCUGACAUUUGACAGAAUCGAUCACCGCCCCGAGGUGAACGAGGCGGGUAGUGGGAAUCAGUUGACUUUUCUCCAUAUUGAUGGAAAAGCCGUGCUGUUGAAAUGUCUGAAUCACCAAGUCCAUGUCGCGAACUGCCUGGGUCGGGAAGGACGAUAGAACGAGGAUGUUGUCGAGGUAGCAGGGAAUGCGUACCGGGACUACCCUGAGUGUCGCUGCCACCACCACCAACUUGGUAAAGGUUCUGGGAGCCGAUGAAAGGCCAAACGGCAUGGCGCAGUACUGAAAGUGACUGCUGGCAUACUCGAACCGGAAUAUUACGGCCCACUCCAUAAGGAGCGCGGCCACAUCUGUGGCCUGGUCCACCAGGGCUCCCCUGGAGGAAGUCUGCAGGGCGGCCACCUGGUCCUCUCCUACUCCGUUCAUCCGGCAUUACCGGUUGGAUACCUACACCUCGGCUGAUGCGGCAUUUGGACGGAGAGUGUUGUAAGGAGUACAUCUGGAGACUGCUUCCUGGAUCUGGCCUGCACCCACCCUAUAGGACAUCGGCUUUGGUAUGGCCGUGCCCACCGUCAUGAGAAUGGACGUUGGUCUUACCUGAUACACCCUUUCUGUGAUAGGUGGGCAUGGCAAUCAGCCCCUCCCUGUUGGGCUGUUCCUGGGCAUGGGGGUGGGUGGCAGUCUCAUAUGUUUUCUAUUUUUACAGACACGACAGUCUGCUGAUCUACCUCGUCUCAAAACUGGACUACACAGGAAGAGGCGGGACUUAAGAACUUUUCAGCAGACUCGGUCUCAUUGAGCAAGGCAGUGUCACUCCCAGGCAUGAUUGCCAUGCCCACCUAUCACAGAAAGGGCGUAUCAGGUAAGACCAACGCCCAACUCCUCCCCUCGGAGUUGCAUUGCAUGCCAAAACAAUUAGGCACAGGGACAGUUUCUUCCCUCGUGCCAUCACUCUGCUGAACACCUAAUUUUCACAAUACUGUCUAAUCUCUUAUGUACAUUUACCCAUGUUGUAUGGCUGUAGCAUUAUCUUUAUCUUCCUUACUAUCCCUUUUAUUGGUAUUAUGAUUAUUAUUAUUCUUGCUUUGCAUGUACAUUGAGAACAACUGUGCCACAGAUAAAUUCCUUGUGUGUCAAAUCAUACCUGGCCAAAUAAAGUUCAGUUCAGUUCAAUUCAAUUCUUUUUCAAGUGAUCUCAAACACUUGGAAGGAGAAUCUGGAAGAAGCAAAACCAGAGAUGGGAGGGAGGAGAGAAAGAAGCCAUAAUAACAAUUUGAAAAAUGAAGUAAUUAAAGUCUAGGAACUAAGCUGUAAAUCAGCCAAAGAGUAAAGAAACUGUUAACAGAGAUAAAUACGCAGGAAGGAUUGAAAAGGGGAGGGGAGAACUUAAUGUUUGCGUGGAAAAAGGAAGCUUUAAGAUUAAAGACUGUAGGAGAAAAAUAAAAACAGAAAUGAGCAGUUAUCUAGAAAUAUAUAGGAAGAAGGUUUAAAAGAGACAUGAAUAAGAAAUCUUGGUAUAUUUUUAACAAUUGUAUAAUAAAACACAUUUUGUAGUAAAAAAUACAGUUUUUUGUAGUAAAAAAACUGAAUUUUGUUGUAUGGGUAUAUUGUGUAUACACGUACAAUGACAAUAAAGUUAUUUAAUUUAAACUGA